AUGAGAUUCGUUGAUUAUGAAAGCAAAAAAGCAAAUGUUGGUCCUCAUAGUGGAAAGUUCUUUCUUCAGCAUUAUUUAAACUAUAAGAAGAGUGGAAAACCUGAAAGUGUGAUGCUCUAUAAUAAUGGCGAGUGGUUGGACUAUCCUAGGAAUGUUGUUAACUUGGUUAAGAACGAGUUUGAAAUGAAAAAGGUAGUUGUGGAAAUAAGAUUAAAUGAGCGUAAUCUUAUACUAGAUUUUUUACAUAUGUGUCAGCUGGACUUGAAAAUUGGUUUGCGUCAACCUAUAGGAUGGAUUGAUGAGGUAGGGGAAUGCUUUUUCCCUGAAAUCAAUGAUUUUUCUGGUGAAGAAUCUCAUAAAUUAUGGAAUCAAGAUGGUGUAAAAUUAGGUAUUCAAGUAGAAGUGGAUGGAGUUGAUGAAUUCAAUUUAAGGGAGUGUAUUGAGAAGUCCAAUGGUGGUGAAGUCAUUCUGCACAAUCAUGUCAGUUUAGUGCCUUCUGCGGAAUCUGUACAAAGAAAACUGGAUUUGGAUUUUGUAAAAAUAAUGUUCCUUACCGGAAUGAGUAUUUUUGAAAGUACUGACUUUGAGAUACUGGAGACAUACCCAUGCUCAGGCACAUCAAUGCAAGUACGAUUCGAGCUAUUCCGAGCACAAGCUAAAAUGACAAAAGAAUGUCAUGGGGAGGCCAAUGUUCGAUAUGCUUGGCUUCCUUUUUAUAAAGGAGAACUAUCUAAAAUGAUGGAGUAUGGACUGAGACAUUGUACACUAGGUGCGACCAAAUGUACAUACAAUGGCGGUGUUCAUCUUGCAGCUGUCACAUGCCCUUAUGCUAGUGCUCGUUACUGUGAUAUUGAUGAAGGUGGUGUUCGACACUUGGUCCUUUGUCGGGUAAUAAUGGGGAAUAUGAAAGUUUUUUAUCCUAGCAUUGCCACCGACACGGGUCUGUUUCAACCCAGCAACUCUCAAUAUGAUAAUGGGGUGGAUGACAUUCAAUGCCCAAGAUACUAUAUAGUCUGGAAUAUGAAUAUAAAUACUCACAUUUACCCAGAGUUUAUCAUUAGUUUUAAGGUCUACGGGGAUGCUAAAGGACAUUUUUGUGGAACCAUGGGGGAGAAAAAUGAUUCAAAUAGUAAUUCUUCAAUGGUCAAUUCAGCUAGUCAUAGUUCUGGUGACCUAUUACAUGUAACCUCUUCAAUGGAUAAUAAUGUAAGCUACUUAAUUUGA